AUGCUCUCUCUUCCUCUCAUUACACCCCACGAAGACCUCAACAUCUGGCACACGAACCCAUCGCACCGCCCUAUCCAGACCUUAGAGCAUACAGAUAACCCACAAGCGCAUGCCCCGCCUCAGCAUUCGCGCCGAGCGCAAGCGAACCCUCGCUCCAUGUUGUCCCUGCUAGCUGCCGACGAAAACCUCAUCGAACAACGUAAGCAGAAUGUCAGGCGCUUUGGCGCCAGCUGGAUACGGCCGCCAGGCAUAGCGAAGACCUACCAGGCGUCCAUGGAUGAGUUAGCCGAGCGCGAGGAGCAAGAGCUGCUCGCCCGUAGAGAGCAAGCAAUGCUGGAGCUUGCCAAUGCCGCUGAGGCAGAAGCGCAGCGCGCAGAGGCCGAGAUAGCGGCGGAAGAAGCCAAUGAGGUUGACCGGGAUCUAGAUGAGGAUGUGCCCGAGGCGGACGAGGAACCUGAUCUCGACGACGACAUACCAGAAGCAGACAGUGAUAGUGAUGAUGGUGAGGGAGAAAUGACUUUCAACGAGGAAAGCUUCAUAGAGGGUAGCAUGGUUCAAGCCGAUGUGGAGCAGAUAUUGGAGAUGGAGGAAGGCGCCUCGAUGAUGCACGGUGGCCACGAUCUGGACGACGAUAUACCAGAGGCCGGAAGUUAUCAACACACGGACACGGAGGCAGAGGAUUCGAGCGAGCUUGCGCCUAUGGAUGAAGGGAGCAGCAGAGUCAUUGGCAACCCAAAUGUAAAUUUCAACAGGAGCUUCAGGAGUCAAGGCGAGAGUUCGCUUUUCGGAGGUAGCUCGUUUCUUGGUAGCAGUCCAGUUGCAGGUCGCGGUGGCGCAGGCAAUCUGUUCAGCAGGGCACAACAACAACAAGCGAGACAGCAGUCAAGACAAGCCUGAAAAUAUUAUGAUACCCAGUAAGCGCG